AAUUAUUUUGAGGCAGAACAAAUAUUAUUUCUCAAGUUAAAUAUUGGUUUUGGUUCGGUUCGGUUUGGUUCGAUAGGUUCAAUUUUCUUCUUUAACCGAACCAUAAACAGUAAAAAUGUCUAAUAAUACCCUUUGUCGUUGCCGCCGCGCAACCUCGUUCAACACAACACCAAGCAACCGCCACUGUUCUUCUUCUUCUUCUUCUCUCUCUCUCUCUCUCUCUCUCUCUCUCUCCAAACCAUUUGAUGAGAUGCAACCGUAGUAAAAACUGCAUUUCAUGGCGGUGAAAUGCUUACUCCUCCGCAGCACCACCAGAGUUCACUUCCAACAACCACCACCAACUUUCUUCAGGUUCUAUUCUCCUCCAACUUCUUCUUCCGCAUUGAUGAUGAUGGUUGAAGAAGAUGAAACUCCAAAUUUCAAUACCCCACUUCCCAAAACCACUACAAAAUUAUCUCAUUUGGUUGCUAGAGUCUUCAAGUCCUUAAAUUGGCGUAAAGCAAGAAAAAUCAAGUUCAAAGGUUGGGUUCAAACUCAUGGUUUUUCUGACUCAAUCAAUUCCUUUAGAAUCAUCAUUCAUACUUUUGCUUUAUCUGGUAUGCAUUUGGAAGUUUUUGCCUUACUUAGAGAUAUUGUUGGAUACUAUAAAGACGAAAAUCGCGACGCAUUCGAAUUGUUUGCUGUUUUGCUUGAUUCAGCACAUCAUGUGGAAAGGUCUGUUGUUGUGUUUGAUAUGCUUAUUAAAGUUUUUGCUUCAAACUCUAUGCUUGAACAUGCCUAUUAUGUUUUUGUUAGUGCUAAGGAUGUUGGGAUUGUACCUAAUAUAAUGUCUUGUAAUUUCUUGUUGAAAUGUUUGGUGGAAACAGAUAGAGUAGAUGGUGUGAGAUGUUUGUUUCAGGAUUUGAUAAACUUCGGUCCAACGCCGAAUAUCCAUACUUAUACUAUCAUGAUGAAUUUUUAUUGUAGAGAUGUUGGGUGUAGUGCUGAUAUUAGACGGGCUUCGGAGAUUUUAGGAAAGAUCUAUCGGAGUGGGGAAAUCCCGACUGUUGUCACGUAUAGUACUUAUAUUAAGGGACUUUGUAAAGUUGGUUCUUUUGACGUUGCGUGGAAGUUAAUUUGUAACUUGCACUGUAAAAACCAGCUUCUCAAUAACCAUUGUUUUAAUGCUGUUAUAUAUGGACUUUGUCAAAGAGGUGCAGUAGAUGAAGCUUUAGUAGUUUUGGAAGAAAUGAAAAACUCCGGAGUAUUGCCUGAUGUUUAUAGUUAUAGCAUUUUAAUUGAUGCAUUCUGCAAGAAUGGAGAUGAUGAGAAAGUGACUGACUUGAUGACGGAUAUGGAUCAAAACCAAAUAAAACCAUCCAUUGUUACCUAUACUUCACUCAUCCGCGGAGGUCUAUGUAAGAAUAUACCGAUGCAAAGCUUGAUGAAUAUCUUCCGUCAAAGUGGUGCUUCUGAUUACAAAUAUGAUCAGACUAUUUAUGAAACUUUAAUUGAUGGAUUUUGCAGGGAAGGUGAUAUGGAUUCGGCCGUCGAGCUUUUGAAGGAGAUGAGUAGCAAUAAUUUUGUUCCUUCUGGUUUUAGUUAUUGCAGUCUAAUUAAGGGAUUCUACAAAUUGAGACAAUUUGCUAACGCAUUGAAAGUUUUUAGUAUCAUGCAAAAACGUGGUAUAUGGCCAGAUACAAUCGCUUCCAACCAUAUUCUUAGUAUUUACUGCAGGGAACGUGACUUCGAUGAAGCCUUGGUCUUGUCAGAGGAACUCCAAGAACACGGAGUUAACCUCAACCCAUAUUCAUAUAAUGAAUUCAUCCACAAGCUUUGCAGAGAAAGUUUUCCAGAAAAGGCACUUCAGCUUCUGCCAUUAAUGCUUAAAAAGAAUGUACUUCCUGGAGUUGUUAAUUAUAGUACCCUUAUAUCUGGCUUUGCUAAACAGUCAAAUCCUGAAAAAGCUGUGAUGUUAUUCACAAGAAUGACAAAAGUAGGAAUCACUUUCAACGUCAAAACAUAUACAAUUCUUAUUGACCUAUGUACCCGUAAUUUCAAUAUACAUGUAGCAUACAACUUAUUUGAGGAAAUGAAAGACAAGGGUGUAUAUCCAGAUCAGAUCGCAUAUACAACUCUAAUAGCUGGCUUUUGUAAUACUGGAAAAAUGGUUAUGGCGCAGGCAUUAUUUGAUAAAAUGUUGUGGGAAGGCUGUUCACCAAAUGUAAAUACUUAUACUUGUAUGAUUAAUGGAUAUUUGAAGUUAAACAUGAUAGACCAGGCUCAGAAGUUGCGUGACAAAAUGAGGGCAAAUGGUUUAUCUCAUAAGGUUCUGCGUCUGGAAUCUGGUGCAAUUAGGUAGCUCUGUCAAGGCUUCCAUUAUAUUCAGCUGUAUCGUCAAAAUCCAUCUCAAUUAAAGGGAAAUCAAAGGCAACUUGAACUUCAAAAGAUCAAUGAAAUACUCAGCAUCAGAGAAAUUCACCGUGAUUCCAAGUUGUGUCCGUCUUGUGACAUGGCAAUUUCUCGAACUGAAGGUUGUAAUAAAAUGAAGUUCGGUAAUUAUGGAGACUGGAGAGUACUUCUGUUACCGCUGCAACAAAGCAGUUGAUGCAUCAGAGAUCCAUAUGGACAUUUCAGGGACGAGGGGUCGUGUGAAUUCUUCCCAUGAGAAAUGGUUGAGAACUGGAAAGCAUGCAUAAAUCCUCACCAGGAAGUACAGCAAAUGAGCAAAUACAUGUUGAACUCUUUCACCUCGGUGGCUCACCGUGUCCUAGUUGUCGUCAAUUUAAUCAUGUGAUUCCAUUGUCGCAACAGUUAAAAUAUUACAAGGAAUACCAAAGCAAGCUGACCAAGAUAGCUGGUAGAAAAAAGGAAGCAUCAAUUAUUAAAGGUGCAUAUAUUGAGUGGUGGAAGUAGUGACUUUAUACAAAACUAUUAUGUCAAUCCUCUUUUGAUCAACAAAGUUAUUACUCCUGAUCAAUAUUCUGCAUGCAUUCUCAAGUUUUGUUAAGGACUUGUAUAAAUUGGGAGCUAGAAAAAUUGGAGUGACUUCACUCCCACCAUUGGGUUGCCUACCUGCUACAAGAACUUUAUUUAUAUUUCAUGAGAAAGUUUGUGUAAGCAACUUCCUGGUCUUAAGAUUGUUGUCUUUAAUAUUUUUCAAAUCUCUCUAUGAACUUGUUCUAUCCCCUUCAAAUUUUGGUAAGAAAUACUUAGACUAUAAUAACAUAAGGCAUUCAUUUCUUUCUUUAUGUAAAACAAUGUUACUUAUUCUUAUUAAUCUAUGUUGUGAUAUUCAAUAGGUUUCACGGAGGCAAGGAGAGGCUGCUGUGGAACUAGGAUUUUAGGGACAACAUCCUUAUUGUUCUUCUAAUGCAACUCAGUAUGUGUUUUGGGACAGUGUCCAUCCUUCACAAGCUGCUAACCAAGUUCUAGCUUAUGCAUUGAUUGAACAAGGCAUAAGUCUUGACGGUUAAGAAUUCCAAACGUUUGUUAUUUUAUUUCUCUAGUAUGGAGAGACUUGCAUCCUAUUAAAUAAAAUUUUAGAAAUUUUGUUGUAUUUUGUUCAAGUACAUUGGUUUUUUUUUAAGGGAAUUCUGCAAUUUAGUUUAUGUUCCAGAUUUAUUUUCUUUUAU